AUGGUUGAUUUAUUUGUUUCGCAAAUCCAGGCCAAUGAACACUCUCCGCUGGACGCAACUGCCUGGUCGAUGUUUUUAAGCUUCGAUAUCAUGGGUGAAGUUGAUUUUGGCAAGGAUUUCAAAAAUUUGAGGACAGGAAAAGAGAACCCAGCAAUCCAGGCUAUACAUGAGCAUAUGACGAUUCUGGGUGUGCUCAGCCACGUGCCGUGGAUGUUGUAUCUCAUAUCCAGCAUUCCAGGGGCAACGGCGGCCUAUGCAGGCUUUUUCAAAUGGUGUGGAAGUGAAAUUGACUCGAAGCAGAAGACGUGGAAUCCAGAUGACUACCCACAAGACAUUGUAUCCUGGCUGUUGAAGUCAUAUGUUGAAAAAGAUAUAUCGGCGUCGCCUUCGCUCGAAUCUCUGCACGAAGACUCGCGUGUAGUAAUUAUAGCUGGGAGCGAAACUACGGCCACAACUCUCGCAUCAAUCUUCUUUUACCUCGCUAAAUACCCCGCCACGCUCAAAAAUUUACAGAGUCAUUUAGAUAAAGCACUUCCACGUGGUGCUUCAGAAUGGUCGUACGAAAAGGUCAAGUCCGUCACCUUUAUCGAUGACAUCAUCAAUGAAGGCCUCCGUCUCAAGCCAGCCUUGUUAAUCGGCGGAUACCGCUGUACACCAGCACAAGGUCUUCAAAUUGAUGAAGUUUAUAUUCCUGGUGAUAUUAAUGUGUUUGUGCCCAUGCAGUUGAUCCAGACUGAUGAACGAUACUAUGCAAAUGCUCGGGAAUUUAUUCCGGAACGAUGGGGAGAGCGAAAAAAAGAAAUGGCUACUAGUGACGCUCCCUUUUUUCCAUUUUCUCUAGGUGCAUACAGCUGCCCUGGCAAAAACUUGGCCCUUCAGAGUCUGAGGAUUGCAAUCUCGAUCAUUGUGCAGCAAUUCAACGUCAGUUUCGCAGAGGGAGAAACCGGUGAGGACUUUGACAAAAACGCACUUGAUACAUUCACCACCACGCUGCCUCCUCUAAAGCUCCAAUUUUCUCGUCGUUGA